UCCAAUCUCCGAACUCCGACUCCGAUCCGAUCCACCCGUCUUCCAUUCCAGCUCUAUCACCCCGCACAGGCCUCAGACCUAGAAGUCCGUCCGAGAACGUUAAAGACGUGCGCCGCCAGCUAACUAUAGUUUCCUCCUCAUCACCUGUCGUCGCCAUCAGCAAGGUAGCCAUGGCCGCCGGUUUCGAAGCGCUUCUUGACUCCACCGCGCUCUCGCUCGCGCUGCCAGUGCCAGUGCCGACGAUGACGCUCCUGGGGCUGAAGAAGCUCAACAGCGAGGACUACCUAGCCAUCUGCCUCGCCGCGCUCGCGGGCACCCGAGGAAGAAGCGGCCUCAGCAAGGCCGCCGCCGCCGCCGCUGGUUUCGGGCGGCAGGAGGGCGGCGGCAGUCGUAAGCAGUGGUCGUGCCCGCCGCCGGCGCCGGCGCGCGAGGAGGAGGAGCUCCGGUUCCGGUGCGCGGUGUGCGGGAAGGCCUUCGCGUCCUACCAGGCGCUCGGCGGCCACAAGUCCAGCCACCGCAGGCCGCCCACGGGGGAGCAGUACGCUGCUGCUCUCGCCGCCGCGCAGCAGGCGGCAGACCACUCCGAGGAGACGACGACGACGUCGGGUGGGCCGCACCGGUGCACCAUCUGCUGGAGGGGGUUCGCCACGGGCCAGGCGCUCGGCGGGCACAAGCGCUGCCACUACUGGGACGGCAGCUCCGUGUCCGUCUCCCUGUCGGCGACGGCGUCCGCUACGGGUACGGGGACGGGGUCAUCAGGCGUCACCGUCAGGAACUUUGACCUCAACCUGAUGCCUGUGCCGGAGAGCGAUGGGAUGAGGCGAUGGGUCGAAGAGGAGGAGGAGGUGCAGAGCCCGCUGCCGAUCAAGAAGCGCAGGAUUUCGAAUCCAUCAUUAACUCUCGCUACCUGCGACUGAGAUCAUAUGUCCAUCGAUUCAUGUAAAAAGGAAGAUGCGUGAUGAUUGUUUCAUCGAUUAUCAAUUGAUUCUAGUAAACUGAAGUGACUACUUAAUUGCCCAUCUUCUGUGUCCACUGGAAGAAUUUUGGGAUCAAGAUCGAUCGUCAGCUCUAUACUAUCCUCAUAAUCAUCCUCUACUUCAUGGGUCUCUCCCGAUUCAACCAAUCUCAUUUAUCGUUGAUGACUUUCUAAGUUAGACAAACCCUAAACAUUAACCAUGUGGAUAAUCUGUAAAGAGAUAUGAUUGAAGUAUCUAGUAUGCAGUCAUAUUUGAAACUCCAACGAUUUAGGUCAA